AAAGAAAGAGCUUUCUCUGACUUGCAUUUACUUCCAGCUACCUACUAACGUGUCACUCCUUUUGUAACUCCUAGUUUAAUAUAUUAGAAAAGAGAACACAAAAAUGCUCUAAAAGCAUAAUCAAAGGAGACCAAUUUUCCAUUUCCUUGUAGUUUGAUCCUGAUUUCUCUCCGAGUCUUUUUUUUUUUUUAACACUUUCAUCAAGAUGGUUUCUAAGAAAACUGUGGUGUCAGUGGAACUGCUCUGCUCCAAGUGCAGGCAGAAGGUGAUGAACUUAAUUGCAAAGAUUGAAGGAAUAACUUCUAUAGUCCUAGACCCCUCAAAAAAUACAGUGACAGUGAUUGGUGAAGCUGAUCCAGUGUGUAUCAUUAGGAAGGUAAGGAAGUUCAGGAAAACUGCUACAAUUGUGAGUAUUGGUCCUCCAAAGGAAGAGAAAAAAGAUGAAAAGAAGGACAUGAUCAUUUCUUACCCUUCAAGCACUUGUAAGAAAUGCGAUGUUUGGUAUGUCGUGGCCGAAGAUGCUUACACCCAUUACUGCUCCAUUAUGUAAGUAAAUAUUUUCUUUAUAUCAUAAUAUUGCCAUAUGUAUUGAUUAUGGACUUCUGGUUCAUGUUAUGUUAAUUAAACAGUCAAAUUAGCUUUUAUUUGUUUGAUGAAAUAAGUAAGUAAUUCAGAUCAAUUUCGGCUCUUUGGUUGAACAUAUAUAUAUGCUCUCUAAUUUUUAGUAGUGUUACUUAGUUCCAGAACCAGAAUAAUUGAAUCGGCUGUAUUCUUUGAGCAACUAUUCCCCGAUUAACUAGCCCGUGUUCAUGGUUAAUACAGAUUAUUUUUUGGUGGCC